AUGGAAAAAACCAUUGAAAGAAACAAUAUUAGUAUGGAGGAAGAUGAAAAAUAUCCAUCAAUUCUUUUGUCCGUACAAGAAACUGAAAACCCACCGCAAAUUUAUACAACAAAGCAUACAAUCGUCUAUAACAAAACUAAUAACAUGAUGACGAUAGAAAACAGUUUCCCUUCAUCUCUAUUAAUUGCAAUAAAUUCAAUCGAGAUAUUUGCCAAUAUCUGUAGAUUUCUAUCACCCACGGAUCUUUAUUCGUUAAGUCUAACGUGUCUGAAAUUCAACGAAAUCCUUGCAUCAACAAUCGAUUCGGUGACUCAACAAAUUUGGGAAUCUUCAAGACGAGGGUUUUGUGAAUUUCUUCAAAUGCCUCCACCAGCUGGAAUGCCGGAACAAGAAUAUCAAGAGUUGGUAAAAAGCGAUGGAUGUCAACUUUGUUAUGACGAAAACUAUUGUAAAGUAAAAGUUGAGACUACUCUUCGAGAUAUUUGGGAGGUUCCAGAUGAUUUGAUUAAUAUUUUCGCUCCACUUACUCCACGAGAUAUUUUCAAGGAUGGAGUACGAUAUUAUUGGGCUCACUCAAUUAGUAGUUAUAUCCAAGAUUAUAUUUCACUCGAGAGAAAGGAGAAAAAAAAUUGGCUGACGAAUAAAAAGCUCGAAUUAGAGAAUGCUAUUCAUGAUACAAUCGAACGGGAGUAUUGGGAUCAUUGCCGAUUGCUAAAAAAACAAUCAUUGCGUAUUCCUAACGAGAAUGCUCCUUUUUGUGAGUUUGCCAAUUAUGGGAUGGAGUUUGACGAAGGAGAACAGCAGAUAGAGUUUAAAACCCCUUCUUUUGCCGACUUUGUCGCUUUCCUUGAAAUUCUUCGAAUCUUUCGUCGGCAAAUUAGAAUUUAUGUAAAAUCUCGUGACCUUAUCCAAGAAGAAAGUGAUGAAUCAACGAAAACAUCAUUAUCAAGAUCUCUUCCGGUUUAUGAAGUUCACCAAACCAGAGCAAGGAAACGUCAACUGGAAACCAAAAAAAUGCCAAAAGUCAAAAUUCUAUGUUUCAAUGAGUUCAUUAAGGUCGAUUUGACUUUUAGCAGUAUAGUUUCCACUUUCAGUCUCAAGUUUGUUUUUAAAGCUUCAAUAUCAUGCAAAGGCGUAAAAUUGGGUGAUGACGUAGGAGGUACCGAUAAUAAUG